AUGACUCUCAACUUUCAAGAUGUUGACUUCUCUGUAGGUGAUAAUUUUCACUGCUACAUAAACCCAGUACAAGAACUAAGAGAUCGGAAAAGCCGUAAAUAUGUCAGUUGGAUGGAUCGUGUGUUGGAACAGCAUCAAGGCCAGUACAUUGAACGAUUCAGCAGGGCUUACUUCUUUCUACAUAGCGGGUUUAAAAAUUCCAUUGAUAAGUGGAUUGAAUUUGCCAUGCAAAAGAGAGUUCAAGUACUUGAGCUGCAGUUUCUUAUACCAAAAUAUGAUUAUGCCAGAGAUAACUAUGCAUUUCCCUAUACCUUAUUAGGUGAAUCUUUUAAGCAUAUGUACCCUUACCUUCCAACUCUACAAUCAUGUCACUACAACAUUGGUUUCAAAUUCCUUAAGGUUGUUCGCUUCCAGCAUAUCGGCAUGACUGAUGAAGUUCUCGACUACUUCUUGUCUAAUUGUCCAGUUCUUGAGAGAUUAAUUGUGAUAGAUGCAAGAGGUUUGGUCUACAACCAAAAUUAUGACUUCCCCAUAUUAGAAAAUCUGAAGCAAUUGGAAUUAAAUGUUGAGACAGAUUACCACUCGGCUCUUUAUCAUCUGUCUUCUUUCAUGAAGGUUUGUCCUCACAUCCACAGACUUGUACUGAAGUUGGACUUCCGAAGAACAGACGUCGAAACAACAGUAACCAAAGCUACCAAAUUCCCUCAUCAUAGCCUCAAGGUAGUAGAAAUUAUGGGUUAUCGUGGCUAUGAAUGUGCUGUUAAACAUGUCGUGUACUUGAUAGAGAGUGUUGUUGCACUAGAGAAGAUUAUUAUUGAUCCUGUUCGGCGUUGGAUUUGGCCCCCCGGAAUGGACAGGGAACCUGAUAUGGUGAAAGAGGAAGUGAAGGCAAGAAAGCAUGCUAAGGAACACCUUCAAGAAAGAGUUCCAUCUACUAUAGAAUUUCAAUCAUGGCAUAUUGAGGAGGAGGUGGCACCGGCAGACAUUGCGAUUUUUGAUCCUAGUAAAAAGAAGAAGAAGAAGAAGGUUGUAAUUGAGGAUCCAGCUGAUGAUACUAUGGACAAAGAAGGAGAAGGAAUUAUACUAGAGGCAUCCAAUCCUUAUUUGGAUUAUGAAUAUGAGGAGCUUCUUGAAGCAGUGUACAACAUUCUUAGGGAGAAUAAUCCUGAGCUAGCCGGAGAGAAGCGUCGGACAGUGACGAGUCCUCCGCAAGUUCUGAGCGAGGGCACAAAGAAAACCGUCUACGCGAAUUUCAAGGAGCAUUGCAAGACGAUCCAUAGGCAACCAGAGCAUGUCCAGAAUUUCUUUUUGGCCGAACUGGGGACAAUUGGAUCUCUUGAUGGACAACAGAGGCUAGUUGUCAAGGGAAGGUUCACGUCGAAGACUCUUGAAAGAAUACUGAUGCGAUAUGUGAAUGAUUAUGUGAUUUGUCUUGGGUGCAAAAGCAUCGACACUGUACUGUCGAAGGAGAGUCGCCUGAGUUUCAUCAGAUGCGAGAAGUGCGGUUCUGGACGAUCAGUUGCUCCGAUCAGACAAGGUUUUGUUGCUCGUGUAGGCCUUAGGCAUGAUCCUUCAUAUUCUGGUUUUGAUUAUAUAUUUGCAUGCAGGAGUAAUAAUCUCUAUCUCGUUGUAGCUUAG